UUCCAAAGAAUCUCAACUGAUCUCACUCAAGCAAGCAGAAAGGAUUUUCCGGGUAUAUGCUUUUUUGCAUUCUUCUGCGAGGUAAUGAUUCGUCUUUCAUCUGCUGAAACAUUUUAUGCAGUACACCAGUGUUACCUAAUUCGCUAAACCCUACGAAGUGCAAUCAAGAAAAGUGAAAUGGUAUAUGGUAGUGGUGUUAGUGUAUACCUUUGGGCUAACUCAACAAAAUUAGGUAGCGAAUUGCAUAACCGUACCCAAAUUUGUACCAUGAGUUAGGUAACACUGCAGUAAACUGAUGCACCAUGGAUCUUUUGACGUUUUUAUUUAUUUUUUAUUAUAACAAGAUGAACAUGUUUCAGUUAGAGAAUCCAACUCAUUUUUAGAAAGUAUCUGUCAAGUAAGUUACGUGAAAAUGCUAUGAUCUUCAAUUGUAUAGAUUCUCAAGGUACAUACUUGCUGUGAAUCAGAAGUGCACUGAAUUAGUUAGUCAAAAGUUACAUGCUGAUGUUUCUUUUAUUAGCUUCUAAAACUCUGUCAAGCUAUUACUAUGAGUCAGAGGCUGCCUUUUAAUCAAAAGAUACAACAAUAUGCUAAUUAGGUGAUGAUUCAUUAUGUUCGAUUUAAAAUUGGUUCGUGUUUAUCCGAGUCUAUUGAGAUUUGGGUGUUAAUUAGCUUAUUAAAGUAUGAAAAUUAAUCAAAGAUUACUCACAUCAACAUUUUCAGCCUGGUUCAGGUCAACUUCGGUCAUGUAAUCUUGGUUUUUUCUUUCUUUUUCUUGAAAGGAUGUAAUGUUGUUUGGGUUUGGGUCAGAUACUUGGAAAUUCGGAUUCGAUAAUUAAUUACGGGUUAGUUUGCUAGCUGUAAUCAGUUCAUCAUCUAUGAUAUGAUUCUUGACAAAACAUGUCAACUUUUCUAUGGACAAGGAACUAGCUUAUUAAUGUGUUUGCAACAUCCCCACGUACCCUAAGAAGAGGAAAAAAGGGAGGGGAAGGCAAAAUUCUCAUAUAUAACUGGUCAUAAAAGAUCAAAAGACAGAAAUAAAGGAAGUUCAUUAAGAUUUGUAGGAUGUUCUAUGUCUUUUCUGUAUAGCAAUAAAUCCUCCAUGGACAAAAUAUUCAAAGGAAUCAACACAAAUAUGGAAACUUCCAUAUAAUUAUCUGACUAGAUGUUAGCUUUUUAACUUUUUUUACUGGAAAAUCUGCACGUAUAGUUUUCUUGCAGAAAAGAUAAAGUACUAUUAUAACAUCACAGACAUAGCAUGAUGGUAAGAAACUUACCUAAAUUGCACCUUAUAGUUUUCUUGGGAGAAAGGACUCAUUAGCUAUAUAUUCUGCAAUCUGUAAUCUCUACAUACACAUUAACUAGCCACAUUUAAUUUCAAUUUGUUCUCUAUAACUUCAUUAUUAGUUAAACUAAUGGCUGCUAAUCUUAAGGAGCAUUUGGAUGAAACAUUAUCCACUCACCACAAUGAGAUCCUCACAUUCUUCUCAAGAGUUGAGACCCAUGGGAAAGCAAUCCUCCAGCGUCAGCAACUGCUUGCUGAAUUCGAAGGAUUAAAACUUGCUGAUGGGUUUUUUGCUGAAGUUAUUAGGUCCGCUCAGGAAGCAAUUGUUUCCCCUCCAUCAAUUGCUCUUGUUAUUCGUCAGAAUCUUGGUGUCUGGAAUUACAUCUCUUUCAACGUCAAGGAUCUCGUCUUUAAGGAACUGACUACAACAGAGUUUCUGAUCCUAAAAGAGAUGGUGGUUGAGGAGAAAUUGAACGAAAAGUUUGUACUUGAGUUGGACUUUGAGCCAUCUACUGGAUCAUUAAACCUCCCAUCUCUUCCCAAGUCAAUUGGUAAUGGCAUUGAGUUCCUCAACCGCAACCUUUCUUCUAAGAUGUUCCAAGACAGAAAAAACAUGGUUUUUCUUCUUGAUUUUCUCCGAGCUCACCAUUACAAAGAAAAGUCUCUAAUGUUGAAUGACAAAAUUCAGAAUCUGAAUGGUCUGAAGUCUGCUUUGCUAGAGGCACAACAGUAUCUAGUUACUCUUCUUCCUACUACUUCAUACUCUGACUUCGAGCAGAAACUUCAGGAGUUUGGCUUUGAGAGAGGUUGGGGUGACACUGCUGAGCGUGUUUUGGGUAUGAUCAAUCUGCUUCUAGACCUCACAAAUGCUCCUGAUCCAUGCACCCUAGAGAAGUUUCUUAACAGAAUCCCUUUGGUUUUUAAUCUCGUGAUUUUAUCUCCUCAUGGUUACUUUGCCCAGGAGAACGUCUUGGGGUAUCCUGACACUGGUGGCCAGGUGGUGUAUAUCUUGGACCAAGUUCGUGCAUUAGAAGCUGAAAUGCUUCAACGUAUUCAGCAGCAAGGGCUCGAUAUAAUCCCUCGAAUCCUCAUUGUCACUCGUCUGCUGCCAAAUGUUGUGGGGACCACCUGUGGGGAGCGCCUUGAGAAGGUUAAUGGGACCCAGAACGCUCACAUCAUUCGUGUUCCCUUCAGAACCGAGAAAGGAAUGGUAAGCAGAUGGAUAUCAAGAUUUGAAGUGUGGCCUUACCUAAAGACUUUCACUGAGGAUGUGGCAAAGGAAAUUUCUGAGGAGCUGCAAACGACGCCUGAUUUAAUAAUCGGAAACUACAGUGAUGGCAACAUUGUUGCCUUACUCUUGGCACAAAAAUUAGGUGUCACAAUGUGUACGAUUGCUCACGCACUAGAGAAGACGAAAUAUCCAAAUUCAGAUGUGUAUUGGAAGAAAUUUGAGGACAAGUACCACUUUUCCUGUCAGUUCACAGCUGAUCUUAUUGCCAUGAACUACACUAAUUUCAUCAUCACCAGUUCUUUCCAAGAGAUUGCCGGAAAUAAGAACACAGUUGGACAGUACGAGUCUCACAUGGCAUUCACUCUUCCUGGAUUAUUCCGAGUUGUGAAUGGAAUCAAUGUCCUUGAUCCCAAAUUCAACAUCGUUCCACCAGGAGCUGAUGUGUCCAUAUACUUCCCCUACUCUGAAAAGGAGAGGAGACUUCCUCAACUACACCCCGGACUUGAAGAACUGCUUUAUGGCUCUAUUGAGAACCAAGAACACAUGUGUGUGCUCAAAGACCGGAACAAACCGAUCAUAUUUUCAAUGGCAAGGUUAGACCGGGUGAAGAAUAUCACAGGACUCGUGGAAUGGUAUGGCAAGAACAAGAGGCUCCGAGAGUUAGUGAACCUAGUGGUAGUGGCUGGAGACCGGAGCAAGGAGUCUCAGGACAUUGAGGAGAGGGAUGAGCUGAAGAAGAUGUAUGAACUCAUUAAAAAAUACAACUUGAAUGGGAUAUUUAGGUGGAUAUCGGUUCACAUGAACAGAAUGCAGAAUGGGGAACUUUACAGGUACAUAGCAGAUACAAAGGGAGCCUUUGUUCAGCCUGCAUUAUAUGAGGGCUUUGGAUUGACUGUCAUUGAAGCAAUGACCUCUGGUUUGCCAACUUUUGCAACUUGUAAUGGUGGUCCUGCCGAGAUUAUAGUUCAUGGAAAGUCUGGGUUCCAUAUUGAUCCUUACAAAGGUGAUAAAGCAGCAGACAUAAUAGUUGAUUUCUUUGAGAAGUGCAAGCUUGAUCCUACUCAUUGGGAGCGUAUCUCAAAUGGUGGCCUUGAACGAAUUCAAGAGAAAUAUACAUGGAAGAUAUACUCAAAGAAGCUGCUCACAUUAGCUGGGGUUUAUGGGUUUUGGAAGUAUGCUUCUGAGCCUGAUAAACGAGAGGCUAAUAGAUACAUUGAGAUGUUGUUGGCCCUUGGAUAUAACAAGUUGGCAGAAUCAGUUCCUCUAGCUGUGGAGUAGAUGAGAAAAGAUUUGGGUUUGGGUGUACCUUGUUAGGACUUAAGAGCCUUGUUUUCUAGGAGGGAGUUUCUCCUUUUUAAUGUGCUUUUGGUUUCAUUUUUAGUACUCAUAUCAUAUCCCUAUGUUAUACUACUAAGUAAUAAGUUUUACAAGUCCUAUGGAUUCCUAGAGAGCUCAAGAAGUUGUGUAUUAUACAAUUUGCACCUGUACUUGAUGAUUCUGAUUAUAAUAAAAGUGGGGAUUUAUUUUUA